AAUUGGAAAGGCAAACGCUGGAAAGGCAGAGAAAGACUAACAGAAGACAACGUUAUGUGGCUCAUUUUUGCCUUUACCUUUAUAAAUAAUGAACAGAAGCCUUUCCGUUUUGCAACCGUGAACUUAAGAGUGGGGAGUCGUGUAUAAUUUUGUACGAUUUCAUUAUCCAGAGGAGGUGCCGCGGAUAAAUUGACAGCCUUUUUUCAUCCCUUUUAAGAAACAAAAAUCGUGGGCCUUUGAGACACUAAUCCAUUUUAAACGCUUUUCUGAUUGUCACUCUUUGUCACUGAAAGAAUGGUAGGGCGUUGGAUGCAGGUCUUACACAGCGGAGUCUGUUUUCUGUAAUUGUAUUUUUGCGAGGGGGCGGGUGGCGCUUGUUGGAAUGCUUGGUUGGACUAAAACACAUUUUGCUGUAUGGAGGGAGCCUUAAAAUGAAAGCGGCGGAGGAAUACUACAUUGACUAUGCUAUGAGAAUAUUUUAGCCUGUUGAUGAUGCAUGGAUGUGAAGUGGAUCAAACUGUAUUGAGAACAGGUCGGUGCCCCAUAGGUAGGAAAUGACAUCGGAUGUGCCUCUGGGAGAACAAACAAGAGGUUUGGACUAAUAAUGGAUAAAACCAUGCGCUCAAACUGAGGAGGCGUGAUUUGUAUUUGGAAGGAUAAAAGUGAGAAUAAAAGGAAGCAGAGCUCAGAGGUGAUGGGCUAGUAGAUUGAUGAGGGAUUGAGUAGAAGGGAUAAAUCGCGUAUGAAAUUAAACCGCUUCACAAGUAUUUCUGAUUUCAUGCGUUUGCAAGAGAAGCGCGCUUUUGCAAAACAUAAAUAUAAUUCACUUCAUGUGAGAGGCAAAGGAAAUCCUGGCCUGGGGGUAGAGGGAGGACAAUAUAUUAUUCAUUGUUUCUGAGAGUGAGUUGGGAGAAAGAGAACGUUUCCCCUUAAAACUCAGCAAAAUUAAUAAGUAUAAAGUUUAGGGGUUCAAGAGUAUAAAACUGGUAUAAGUGAUAGGUCGAAGCACUUGAGAAAAGAAGCAAGCGAAAGUGGCGUUGAAGCAUGGGCUGUGCCUCGAGUAUCAACAUCUCUGAUAGGGUGGUCUAUCACAGAGGAAAAGACUCAGAGGAUUCUCACUCGCUCCAACAGAUCAACACCACUCAACAGUCCCAGCAGCAAGCAAACCCAGCCCCAGGAUUACCCGUCAAACCUUCCAGUAACAAGGCCACAGUUACAGAGGUGCAGUUUGGAGCAAUGAAGCUGUACAAAGAUCCUCUUCAGGUGCUGUUAGUUUUUGCCAAAGAUGACAGCCAGAGCAGUGGUUUCAGGUGGGCCUGUGAAAAGGCCAACUUCAGGUGUACCAUUGCCCGAACACCUGAAUCUGCACUGGAGUGCUUCCUCAAAAACCACCAUGAUAUCGUCAUCAUUGACCACAGGCACUCUAGACACUUUGAUGCAGAAGCAGUCUGUCGGUCAAUUAGGGCAGCAAGAUCAUCAGAAAACACUGUGAUUGUUGCCGUGGUAAAAAGGUCUGAUCGGGAGGAAGUGUCUGUGAUGCCAUUGAUCUCUGCUGGAUUCAACAGAAGAUACGUGGAAAACGUUAAUAUGAUAAGCUGCUACAAUGAGCUGCUACAGCUGGAGUAUGCAGAGGUGCAGGCACAGUUCAAACUGAGAGCCUGCAAUGCUAUUUUCACUGCACUGGAACAAAGUCAAGAAGCCAUUGAGAUCUCAGGCAAGGACCAUGUGAUCCAGUAUGUAAACCCCACGUACGAGAUGAUUAUGGGAUACCAACACGGGGAGCUGAUAGGGAAAGGAGCAGUGGAAGUGUUGAGAAGUGAGAAGAACAACCCUGAACUUCUGGAGACCAUCAAUGCCUGUAUGCAGAAAGGACAGGAAUGGCAAGGGCUUUACUAUACCAAAAAGAAGAAUGGGGACAGCGUACAGCAGAAUGUGAAGAUAACUCCUGUGAUAGGACAAGGAGGAAAAGUCAGACACUAUGUGUCUGUUAACAGGCCUUUAGAUGACAAUAACAAGACUGACAAGUUCACUGAACGCGUGCAAGCAGAAUCUCAGACAGAUGUCCCUGUCAGCAAGCACAGAGACCGCAGGAAAGGCUCAUUUGACGUCCGGUCCACCACAUCCCGUGGCAGCGAUGGAAGCUCACAGAAGAGACAUUCCUCCAUGGCCAGGAUCCACUCCAUGACCAUAGAAGCUCCCAUAACCAAGGUGAUAAACAUCAUUAACACUGCGCAGGAGAACAGCCCCAUGCCGGUGUCGGAGGCUUUGGACCGCGUGCUGGAGAUCCUGCGCACUACCGAGCUAUACUCCCCGCAGCUGGCCACCAAGGAGGAAGACCCCCACACCAACGACCUGGUGGGGGGACUGAUGAUGGACGGCAUGAGGAGGUUAUCUGGAUAUGAGAACAUGUUUGCCACAAAACACCCCCAUCAUAUUCCCAACUACCUGAUCACGCCACUAUCGCUCAGCGAUAUCCCCCCACAGGUAGCCCAGAUCAUGGAGAAUGAAGAGUCCUGGGAUUUUGACAUCUUCAGCUUGGAGGCCGCCACCUUUAAAAGGCCGCUGGUGUAUUUGGGUCUGAAAAUCUUUUCACGCUUUGGAGUGGGUGAAUUCCUCAACUGCCCCGAAGCCACAUUGAGGGCAUGGCUACAAGUGAUCGAAGCCAAUUACCAUGCCAGCAACGCUUACCACAACUCCAGCCAUGCUGCUGAUGUGUUACAGGCCACCGCCUACUUCCUCUGCAAGGAGAGGGUAAAGCAAAGCCUGGACCCCAUCGAUGAGGUAGCUGCGCUUAUUGCUGCCGCGGUGCACGAUGUUGACCACCCAGGCCGCACAAACUCCUAUCUGUGCAAUGCGGGCAGUGAGCUGGCCGUCCUCUACAAUGACACUGCUGUGCUGGAGAGCCACCAUGUCGCUCUGGCCUUCCAAAUCACUACCCGUGACGACAAAUGCAACAUCUUCAAGAACAUGGAGAGAAAUGAGUACCGCUCCUUGCGGCAGGCCAUAAUUGAUAUGGUCCUGGCAACCGAGAUGACCAAGCACUUCGAGCACGUCAACAAGUUUGUGAACAGCAUCAACAAGCCCCUGGCUGCUUUGGAGGAGAAAGGGGGCAACGGAGAGGAAGAUGCCACCAAAAGCAUUUUGACAUCUCUGGAGAAUCGCAUCCUCAUCAAGCGCAUGUUAAUCAAGUGUGCGGAUAUCUCGAACCCAUGCAGGCCGCUGGAGGUGUGCAUUGAGUGGGCCGGACGCAUCUCAGAGGAGUAUUUUGCGCAGACCGAUGAGGAGAAGAAACAGGGCCUGCCUGUGGUGAUGCCUGUCUUUGACAGGAUUACCUGCAGCAUUCCCAGGUCACAGAUAUCCUUCAUUGACUACUUCAUCACGGACAUGUUUGAUGCCUGGGAUGUGUUUGCAGAUCUCCCAAACCUCAUGCAGCACCUGAACAAUAACUUCAAGUACUGGAAAAGCAUGGAUGAGCAGAAGUUAUGUGGCCUGCGGCCACCCGUGGAGUAAUUGUCCAAGGAUGCAUUGCCCAUUUGCAGAGCAGUCAUCUUGGUUCCCCAAUGGAGUGUCACUCUAUUUGCAGAUUCCAUAACUCAUGAGAAAGAAAGAGAGAGAGAGAGAGAGAGAGAGAGAGAGAGAGAGAGAUUAACAUAAGGCACUAGCUUUAUAAACAUAAGUGUAAUGAAAAUACAAGAAUCUGAAUAGACAGGUACCUGCUUUGCUGGGAUGGUCCUACGGGUCACAUUUGAUGUGGGUACAGACUCUGUCUGCAAAAAGCAUGUCAGAAAAAACUAUUUCACUCUGCUACCUUUACGCCAGUUUCAGGUCCCUGUCAGAUUGCAGGACAAAGAAAAAAACUGAAAUUGUGAGGUGGUUCUGCUACCCUCUGAGAGAAUGCCCUGCCUUGGGGUAUGUGGAGUGGUGCGGUGCAGUGAGACACCACUGGGUGUCCCUCUAGAGUUCACACUUACUGUAAAAGGGGGAGCUUCAGCUUCUCUUGCUCGCACACUCCUCCUACAUUCUUCUCUUCAUUUUGUACUGUUUUUUUUUUUUUUGCUUUGUUUUGUUUUACCCACCUCCAUUAGCAUACAUCUGAUAAACCAGGGAUUUUUGAGAUUUGUUGUUCCACAUUCAAAUGGUGGAGUGGGCUGUUAUACAUGGAAAAGGCAGGGGAAAGGUGCAGAAAAUCAC